UUCAGCUAUCUAAAAAAACGAUUGUAACGAAAAUGAAUCGAAAGCCAGCUACAUGGUUAAUGAAGCAUUGCAAAAAAAUUAUAAAAUCUGAUGGUGUUUAUUUAAAAUGUGAAUGCUGUACAGAAAAUUCAUACGAUGUUUUCUUCGAUGAUCAUAAUCUAAUGAUAUUACAUUUAUAUGAGAAGCAUCAUAUAUCAGAACUAACCAAAUAUCGACAUCGUGAACUUCUAGAGGAAUGUUUUGAUAUUAAACGUUUAUCACAAUGUGAAAUUGGAAUAUGUCAUGUAGGCAGUUGUCGAAGAAUGACUAUUUGUCAUAAUAGUAAUGCCUUCCCUUUACUAAGUCAUUUGGUCAUGUAUCACACACAUAGAGAAAAAUUUAGAAAAGCAACGAGUAUUGAAGUUGGACGGCAAAUACUGAUGAAUUAUUUCAUAUUAAAUACCACAGCAAAAUGCUCAUUUUGUUGGAAAUACUUAUCCUUGGAAGGCUUAGAAUCAGAUCCUGCUGAAGUACUGAUGUCCUUAAGUACUCACUGGAACAAUCAUUAUAAAAUUGCUCCUGAUCGACCAAAUAAAGUGUCCAUACAAGCAGAAUUACAAAAAGCAGAAGAAAAAUUAAAAAGACGGAGAAAUCAUGAUUUAGAAAUUAAAAAAAUAUAUUCUGCAAGUAGACUUGUGGAUGAUAUUGAAAAAAAAUGCGUUCGACCUAAGCUAAUGAGGGAUUAUAAAAUGACGUAUGUGUCAGAUUUUGUAGGACAAUGUACAAUUUGUUUAGAAAAUGUUAUAUACAAUGGCAGCGAUUAUCUUAUAAAAAAUCAUUGGGAAAUGAAUCAUGGAUCUAAAUCUAACAUAUAUAAAGAUGUAAUACAAAAAAGAGAAGUACGUCAAGUAUUAAAUAAGUACCAGAUAGACGGAAGCAUGGCAAAGUGCUUCAAAUGUGAUGCAGAAAUGGACUUGGAAGAAAACAUUAAAACAAAACUGAUCCCAUUACUUUUACAUUGGCACACAGGAUUUCAUAGUAGUUUAGGAAUAAAACGGAAGAAAAGACAAUUAAAAAAUCUACGACAAAAAUUGAGAAUAGGAGACACAGUGAAAAAUAUAGAAGAAACAUGGCAAAACUUUAUCUGGCAAUUACUCGAGAGUCGGGAAGAACGUGCUCCUAAUAAUCCUGGACCGAGCACUUUGAAGGAUGAUGAGAUUGUAAGAAUAAGAGUGGCAAAACAAAGCAAAAUACGAAAUAUUACGACAAAGAAUUCUUCAAUCUCUACACCAUCCAAACGGAGGAAAAGAAAUUAGGAGAAGAAAUUAAAACAAUAAUGCUGAUUCAAAUUCAAUUGAAUAGACAGCAUCAUGAUGAAUUCUGAUGACUAUGAAAGCGUUGUACA